GCAUAGCUGGCCAAUGCACAUUGCACUCAUCUUGCGUGCUCGUCAGGUCCGUCCGACAGCGCCCUUCCGGUCACUUGAUUAUUUCCUCAACCGGGGCAAGGUUCUAUCGCUGUAUAGAGCCUACAUUCGUUCGACCCGAGGCUUAGGGGAUAGGCAAGCUCGCAUAGAGGCAGUCCAAUGGGUCAGACAUGAUUUCGAUCGACAUAGAGACGAGUCAGACAUGGAAAAGGCGAAAGCCCUGCUGGCGCUCGGCAAGCGGAACUUGCGCACUUUGAGCAACGCCAGCUCGCUCAUCGGGCAGCUGCCGAACGAUCACAAGUUUAGAGGUCCUCUAUGAAAGACUAUGCAGCACGACAACAAUUCACUGAUCUAACCAGAACGAGUGUGCACCAUCGCCUCGGCUUGCGCGUGUACCGCCUCGGCGUAAAGCAACUUGAUACGCACCAAUUCCUGCCGAAAAAACGCAGGUCAGACUCGCGGCUUUGAGCAGCUCGACAAGAGGGCGUACCUCUUCUACCUCUUCGCGACCCAGCUUGGCCAUCACGAGCUCCUUGACGAGUUCGCAAUGUUCCUCGUUGAUCUGCGCCAG